GCUCCCAUCGAACGGAAAAGCGUCCAUCUGCUUGUAAAAGGUUUGGAGUGUGCUUAUAGUAGUUAUUGUUACUGUGAAUUGGACGCCAUGUCGAGCCCUGCCGAUUUAGUUGCGAUGGCUAAGCUGGCCGAACAAGCUGAGCGCUAUGAUGAUAUGGUUGAACAUAUGACAAAAUUAGUAGAAUCAACCAAAGAGGUCCUUUCUGACGAACAGAGAAAUCUACUUUCAGUGGCUUAUAAGAACGUGGUGGGUGCAAGAAGGUCCGCCUGGCGAAUUAUUUCGAGCUUAGAGGGUAAAGAAGGACAUGACGAAUCUAAAAGGGAACUUUCGAAGAGUUAUCGACAGACCGUGGAAAGUGAACUGAAGGAAAAGUGCAACGAAGUCCUAAAACUGAUCAAAAAUCUUCUGGCUGUGGCGGAAAAUGCUACCGGCCAAGAAGAAGCAAAAGUGUUCUACUACAAGAUGCAGGGAGAUUACUAUCGGUACCUCGUGGAAAUUGAGCCACCUGAUUCAGAUAAUAGGAAGAGGCUGAGCGAAGAAUCUAAAAAAGCUUACGAAAAAGCUAAUGAGGAGAGUAAAAGUUAUUUGUCAGAAACGAAUCCCAUCCGCCUUGGAUUGGCGCUUAACUUCUCUGUGUUCUACUACGAGAUCGAGAACGACUCCUCGAAGGCAUGCGAGCUGGCAAAAACGGCCUUCGACGAUGCGAUAGCUAAACUGGAUGAAGUAAAAGAAGAUUCUUACAAAGACAGCACCCUGAUAAUGCAACUUCUCCGCGAUAACCUAACACUGUGGCAGGCAGAAGAAGAAGCGGAACAACAAGGAGACGAUUGAUAAAGGAGUUUGCAAUUUUUUGUGUACUUAGUCUAAAAUCUCAGCGCUGAAAAUGACUGAGUGGUUUUCGCUGGAAAGAAUAUUCACUUACUAAUUAAGAGUCGAUAGAAGCGGCAACGGAAAUCAAUACUUUUGCUUAUUGAUCUUCUCCAGACAAGUUCCUUUUCUAAGGUUCAGAUGUUAUUUUGAUUUGGUGUAGCCCAAGAUAGAUCUCGGUCUGUUUUCAAAGCUUUUACAUUAUUAAUGGUAAAUGCCACCUCAACUCCUGCAAAGACAGCAAUGCGUAAAGCAUACGUCAAGAAAGCAACGUUCUUCUAAUGUACACUGUUAUCUUCUUUGCAUAGAGCAUUGGAAAAAAGAAUACUGUUACGUUAAUUUACAGUCAAUUAGCAUCCAGUAUUCUUGUUUGGUAGCCCCAGUCCGUCAUCUCCGAUGCUGACUACAGAACGCGAACGUAGCAGAGAAUGAAGUUAUUAUAGAUUAAUUAAAGCGUGACUCUUAAAAGUUUUAUGGUAUAUCACUAGGAAGCACUAGGUAAUGGUAGAUUAUAAUUAAAGUGAAAUCUUGUACUUGUUUAGAUCAUGACAAUUAAUUCUUGCCUUGAGCUCGUAGUUGAUAGAAUUACAUUAUUACUUAACGGUUGGAUAUUUUUUCCUUGGUGAGAGUAAUAACUAAGGGUAAAUGAAUAUUUUUUCCAGUAGUUUUUCUCUUUUUUUUUUUUUUAUGAAACUGUGGACUGCUAUGGCUAGGUGAUUAACUAGCUGGAACAGUGAAGUUGUUCCAUAUGAAUUUUGUGUAAUCUUGAGAAUUGUUAACCCUCUCCUCCUGAGAGAUUCAUGCUAAAUGGUUUGAAUCUGCUAAGUUUUUUUUUUUUUUUUUCAUUUGGGUACUGGUCAACAUAAAGAAUGUUAGCAGGAACUUCCUGUUUUUUCUCAGAGAAAGAGAAACUAGCAUGGCUGUCAAUAAUCAUAUUUUUGUAAGCAGCAAAGAGACAUGUCUUCAUGUCGUUGCACAUGGAUAUUUAAGAGGAACAGUCGUGUUUGGUAGAGCUGUUUGGUUACAUUCUUCUGGCCUAUUAAUUAGGCAUGUCAGUCCAAGGAGGACAGAGUUAACUGGACUCUUCACAAAUCUUCCCUUUGCCAUUGUUAAUAUGAUUUUUCAGGUAUUGAUUCAUACCAGGGCCUUCCAGUGUUUCUUUUUUUUUUUUAGGCCACUGAUAAUUAGAGUUGAAAUUUUGUUCACUGAUCUGUAAUUUCUGAAAAUGUGACAGCCAUCAUCAGUAACGGUGUGGCUGUGAUUGAUAUGAGGAUAAUCACUCUGAUACCUCUUUUUGUUUGAAUAUUAAAUGUGAGAUAAUUGCUAAAGAAUUAAUUAUGUAAUUUAGGUAGCAUUAAUAGGAAUCAUAUUAAACAUUGUGUGUUCCAAUGGCA